AUGGUCACCGACUCGUGUUCGGCACUAACCCGAGCGCCGUGCGACCGAGCAGGUGCAAGCAAGCGAGCCUUCGGAGUGCCCUGGCAGAAACACCUGAUUGCCGCCGGCCCUGCUCCUCAAGCCACAUACUCAAUCGGCGUCAACGUGACCGUCAACGGUCUAGCCUAUGCCCAGACGACGGGGAAGAAUUGGAGACGACCUGUUUCUAGUGUCGGUAUUUCAAGCGUAGUGACACAGGGCUCCGAAGGUCGAAAGGGGGGCGAAUAG